AGUGGAUGGCGAAGAGGUCAGGCUCGACUCUUGAACUGAAAAAAUGAAAACUGAAAAAAGCACAGUGCUGGACUCGGAGCUAAUUCAAACCCGGCCCGAUCACACGGAGUGUUGGUAAAGCAAAGAUCCCACAAAGAAGUGGAAAUUGCAAUUCAUACCCAAAAACCCUAGAAACUGUUCAAACAAAAACCCUAUUUCACCUUUUUUUAUCCAUUUUCGUCUGUCAACCGACCACCGUCCGGACACCGAGACAACCCCAACCAGAAAACUCCUCUCUUCUGUACUCUCACUCUGUCUCUGGGUGUUUGGGCACUCUUUGUUGCGAUGGAGGUGGGUGAGUUCAGCUUGAACUCCGAUGUGGUUGCUUUGGAGAGGCUGAUGCUGUGCUCUAUUCUGGAGGCCCUGGUUGCGGAGACGCUCUUCGCUGCUCAGAAGUCUCUUGCUUGGCUUCUCGUGACGACUGGAUCUUUGCUGAAGGAUAUUAAUGUAUUUCCAACGUUGAUGGGGACUGAUGGAAGGUUUCCCAUAGAUGAGCUCCACAGAAGGAAACAUACUGGUCCCGAAAACAAAGAUGCUAGUGAUACAGAUGAUGGUGACGAAGAUGAAGAUGAUGGCGAUGAUGAAGACCGGGAUGAUGAUGCAGGCGAUGAAGAUUUCUCUGGUGAGGAAGGUGGGGAUGAUGAAGAUGACGGAGAUCCUGAGGAGGAUCCAGAGGCCAAUGGUAAUGGUGGCAGUGAUGACGAGGACGGUGAUGAUGAUGAUGGCGACGAGGAGGAUGAGGAUGAGGAGGACGAGGAGGAGGAAGAUGAGGACGAUGAGGACCAACCACCUGCUAAGAAGAGGAAGUGAAAGUAGUUCUAUCUUUUGUCAAUCUCUCUGUGUCUCUUCUUGGUUGGGAGUAUGUAGUAGGCAGUAGAAGGCCGAGGUUGUCCGGCUUCAUAGAGUAGGAAAGUGGACAUCUUUGUUUACAGUAACACCCCCCUCCACCCCGUCUGAAACUGCCGUGUUUAUGAUGUUCAAGAUUUCGAUAGAUGUUUCAUUUGGUGGAAUUAAAUGCCUAUUCUGGAUUAUUUA